GUUUCCGGUACGCGAUCUUUCCGGCCGAGCUCGCGGCAAUCAAAACAUGGCGGACUGCAUCAACUAGCAUAACGUUUUUGUGUCAGCUUUCUCCAAAGACAUCUCAAUUACAUUAUUCCUGUACAAAGACAAACGCAAUUCAGAGUUUCUCAUUUGUCCGAUUGGAAAACAAGGGACAGGAAAGGCACACAGUUUUCACGUGGAUAAAGGGUGAAGUAGGUGUGCCGUCACCAUGGGGCGACGUUCAACGUCCUCCACCAAGAGUGGGAAGUUCAUGAACCCCACCGACCAGGCCCGGAAAGAGGCCAGGAAAAGGGAGCUGAAGAAGAACAAGAAGCAGAGGAUGAUGGUCCGAGCAGCGGUGCUGAAGAUGAAGGAUCCCAGACAGAUCAUCAAAGACAUGGAGAAGCUGGAUGAAAUGGAGUUCAACCCUGUUCAACAGCCCCUACUGAAUGAGAAAGUGCUGAGGGACAAGAGGAAGAAACUACGGGAGACAUUUGAGCGCAUUGUGCGUUUGUACGAGAGGGAGAACCCAGAAACGUACAAGGAGCUACGCAAACUGGAGCUGGACUAUGAGAGCAAUCGUGGCAAGCUGUCACUAUACUUUGACUCAGUCAAGAAUGCUGAACUGGUGGAGGUGGAUAGCAUCCCGCUUCCAGAGAUGCCCCAUGCUCCCUCCAGCAUUCUGAUCCAAGACAUCCCCCUGCCCGGGGCCCAGCCUCCUUCCAUCCUAAAGAAGGGCUCCUCAUUUAGUAAGGGAUCGUUCAGUUCCUCCUCUGCCCCCAUGUCUGCAGCAGUUGCAGGGGUCCCUCGCUUACCUCCAGGCAGGAAACCCCCCGGGCCCCCGCCUGGUCCCCCACCCCCUCAGGUCCUGGCUCUGUACGGCUCACGCAGGGCCCAUUUCACAGCAGACACAGACCCGUCCAACCAGGCGUCUGACAUGGAGACAGCCAUGGACGGCCUGGGGGAGGAGCGGGACAGUGGCAGCGAUAGUGACGGAGAGGGGGACGAUGGAGAGGAGGACGACAGUGACUCCGAGGAGGACAGUGAAGGAGAGAGGGACGACACAAGGGAGGUGGACAGGAGGAUGGUGGUGGAGCGACAGGAUGGUGACCGGGAGAGGGGCAGAGAGGAGGACCGGGGCGACAAGCACGCAGGACGUAGUGUGCGGUUUGCCGACCUGCCCCCCUCAGCGCCCAGAGAGAGGAGCAAGAAGAAGAGGAUCGUGAAGAAGAAAAAGGCCAUCACGCCUCUGCAGGCUAUGAUGCUUCGGAUGGCAGGUCAGUCCAUCCCUGAAGAGGACGAGGAGGAGGAAGAGGAAGUUGAGGAGGAGUACACUGACUCUGAGGACUCGGACAUCGAGGAUAGGGGGCCGCCAGGCGACAACCAGUCCCAUCUCAUUCCCAGUCAGCGCAUGCCUCCACCUUCUGGACCAAUGGGUGGACAGCAACCACCUCUACACAUGCAGGGCCCGCCUGGAACAGGUCCCCCCCCACUAGGACCACCCCCAGCUCCGCCCAUGAGGCCUCCUGGUCCGCCCUCUGGCCUGCCCCCUGGUCCUCCACCCGGUGCGCCGCCUUUUUUGAGGCCACCUGGUAUGUUAGGUGGUCCGAGGGGGCCGAUGCCCCGGCUGCUGCCCCCUGGUCCGCCACCAGGUCGUCCCCCGGGCCCUCCCCCGGGCCCCCCUCCAGGCCUCCCCCCUGGCCCUCCACCCCGGGGACCUCCUCCCAGGCUGCCUCCCCCAGUACCCCCAGGCAUGCCGCCUCCUCCCCCACGAUCUGGACCCCCACGCCAGCUCGCCCCUCCCCUCUCUCUCUUCCCCCCGCCGCUUAACUCAAAUGUCCUCAGUGCCCCCCCCAGCAUUGUCCAUCGCCAGAAGCCUGGCUCCAACCAAGAGGGCUCCCAAAACAACCCAAACACCUCAAUGCUGCCCCCUCCCUCCAUGCCCAUGUCCAUGCGCCCGGGAAUGCAGAUGCCCCCUCCGCCGGGGACAAGUGCCCCACCGUCAGGCGCCAACCCACCAGGCCACCACCACGCACCCACCAUUGAGAAGCGGGCCAACAUCACCUCGGUCUCUUCUGGAGGCGGCAACCUGGCAGCCGGCCCGGCGAGCAGCGGGGCCACCAUCUCUGCCAAACCCCAGAUCAUCAACCCCAAGACAGAGGUCACACGCUUCGUGCCCACGGCUCUGAGGGUGCGCAGGGAUAAGGGAUCCGGGGGUGGGGGAGGGCCCGCAGAUAGGGGGGGGAGGAGAGACGAGGGGAUGGGAGGCCAGAAGCAGCUGUCCACCGCGGCGCCCAUGGGGUCAACCAACACCGUUCAGAUGGGUGCCGUCUCUCAGCCCAACAUGAAGACGAAGGACCAGAUGUAUGAGGCCUUCAUGAGGGAGAUGGAGGGACUCCUCUGAGACUAAUAAGGGCCGUGGCUCAAAAGGCACGGAGGGUUGAGAUGGAAUGAACAGCUGGAGUCAUGAGGAAAGUGUUAGUGGUUCCAUCAUGCGGGCACUGGGGGGUUCUGGUCAUUGAUGUAGUGGUACAAAUUGACAGGUGAACUGUUGAGCUGAAAUCUAAUUGGGUAAACUCUGUUUACCGUCCACUACAUGAUUUAUUCUGUUCAGAAUCUCAUUGGUUCACCUACAUCAGGCUUUUCCCAAACACUCCUGGUGCCUCCUAGGGGUGGACAUUGUAGUUUUUGCUGUAGACGUAAAUAGCUAACAGAAAAAUAAUAGCUGGAUGAUUGAUUUAAAUUCCCUUUGUAGUGAUAGGGCACAAAAAACAAAAAUUUUACCCUCAGGAGGCCCAAGACAGAGUUUGGGAAACCCUUAUUUUAAUAAAGCAGCAAGUCUUUUAUUUCCCAAAACACUGGUUCCUUUCCCCAAAUGUCUACAGUGUCCUACCCAUGUACAUGGAUGUGGUAAUUUGGCUCAAUCUUUGUUUAAAAGCUAAUGUCUUUUUUUUUGUUUUUUUACUGACAGUUCGUUUAUUUUAUUGUUGAAUUAGAAAUGUGAUGGAUUUCAAAGAAAAAUGGGGGGAUAUUUUCAGGUGUAUGUAGAAAAGAAUCUAGUGUGCAUAUGCUUGUCUGAAAUGUUGAGACCUGCAACCAAAUAAAUACUUAAACUCAAA